UGCGAACGGUUGCACGAACGUCACGGGCUGGCACUGCGGGGGAGGAAGCCAUCCUGGAGGGAGAGGGGAAGGCUUGCAGAUAACAACCACUCCAGCAAUGAUGAAAAGUCAUCUAUAAUUGUUGGAACACUUUCUGUGUCCCAGGCACUGUUCAAGGCGAUUUGUGAGGAUUAGCUCAUUUGUGUCCUCACAAUAACCCUCAGCGAUGGGCAUGCAGAAUUAGCCCCAUUCUAUGGAUGAAGAAACAGGUUCAGAGGGGUUCAAUAACUUGGCGGAGUCUCACAGCAACCAGGGCCUGCUUGGUGGCUGCCUUCUGCAAGUACUGAACACGCUUCUACACCACCCUCCAUCAGAAUCCCCAGAGCCUCCUAGUUUUGUGCAAAACUCUAGAAACUGCUGGAGAAUGGAGGUGCCUUGGGAGGAAUAUUUCCGACUGGCCUUGCGAGAGAAACUACCUACGAAGACACCAGAGCAGAAUGUAGACCACUUCCCACCAGUGCUGCGUCUCCUGGAGAAGAGGCAAGAGCUGGCAGAUGCAGACCAAGGCCUGAAGGCCCAGAGGGAGGUGUUCCACACCACGAUGGCAGCCCUGAAACAGCGCUGGGAACAGCUGGACCGGAAGGAGCAGGAGCUAAAAGAGUCCUUUGUUCGUUUUGACAAGUUCUUUCAGGACGCGGAGGCCCGGCGCCGCUGCGCGCUGCAGAGGGCGGCGGAGGAGCGGCACCGGGCGAGCCGCCAAGAGGCGGAGGCUCUGCGGCUACAGGCCCAGCUCGAGGAGCUGCGCCGGGAGCGUGCGCGGCUGCAACGCCACCUGCAGCGUCUGGAGCCCUGCGCGCGCCUGCUGCAGCAAGCCCUGGCGCAGCUGCCCCAAUUCCAGGAGGUCCCUGAGCUGGUGGAGCGCUUCGACAGCCUGGCGGACACCCGGGCGGCGCUGAGGAUAGCAGAGCGCGAGCGGGUGGCCGAGGUGGAAGCGGCGCGGGCUAGGCUGCAGCGGCUGAGGGACGCCUGGCAGGACGAGCUGCUUGCACUAGGUCAGCAGCGAGCGCAGCUGCGGGAGCGCCUGGAGGCAGCGCGGGAGCGCAAGCUGCAGUGGGAAUCCAAGUGGAUUCAGAUCCAGAACACAGCAGCUGAGAAGACUCUGCUUCUGGGUCGAGCUAGCAUGUCAGUGCUCCACCUGUUCCAGUUAGUGAGCCAGCAUCAGAAGCAGACACCCGCCCUGGAAAUUGAGGACACUGAGGGGCAGCUGGAGCAGGUGAAACUGUUCAUCCAGGACCUCUCUGCCAUGCUGGUCAGCCUGGGUCAGGCCAAGCCUGAGGCCCCAGCCUCCUAGCUAGCUGUGAUCCAGGUAAGCAACGGAAGAGAGGAGGUCCCACAUUUCUUAUGGGGUGGGGACUGAGUGGCUCUCCCUGAAUCUGUUUCCUCAUCAGAAAGAUAGUGAGGGGGAAAAAAAAAAAAGAUGGGAGGGCUGUGCCUGCACACAUUACUGUAGGGCUUACAUGAGGGGUACACAGCAGGCACUCAAUAAAUGCAGGGCCCGAUGAGGUGAUGGUUAGGACCAGUGGCUGAGGGGUCCACCCAGAGAAUCUAGCCGCUGGGGGCACCCUUGACCUCAGAACCCCAAACAGAGUGGGGAGCAAGAGGGCAUAGGGUGGACAGAGUCCACAACAAAAGACAGGACAGACCCUGACCUCUUGGUGUGUGGGCAGGGAUGGGAAGGGUAGUGCUAACCUCUUCACAGCCAGAGAGAAACAGCUGUGCUGUUAAGUCCCAGCCCUGCCUCCUACCUCAAGCAACUGGCUUGUGCUCUGAGCCUCCUUUUCCUCAUGUGCUAA